AAAUUGGCCGCAGCAUUGAACACGCUUUCAUCAAUCCGUGUUCCUCUCGUUCCAUCGUUCAGGGAAUAUUCCCGUUUUUCAUCCUGGAUAGAUAGUAACUGAAAUUUAAAAACAUGGUAAAUCAUAGGAUCCCCACGGUCCAGAGGAAGACCUACGUUACUCCAAGAAGACCCUUCGAAAAGGCUCGUUUGGACCAGGAGCUCAAGAUCAUCGGAGAGUACGGUUUAAGGAACAAACGAGAGGUAUGGCGGGUCAAAUACACACUGGCGAAAAUCCGAAAGGCUGCUCGAGAACUGCUUACCUUGGAUGAGAAGGAACCUAAGCGAUUAUUCGAAGGGAACGCGCUUCUUCGUCGUUUGGUACGGAUUGGAGUGUUGGAAGAAAGCAAAAUGAAGCUCGAUUUCGUCUUGGGUCUCAAACCUGAAGAUUUCUUGGAGAGACGUCUCCAAACCCAAGUCUUCAAAUUGGGAUUAGCAAAGUCGAUCCAUCAUGCACGCGUCCUCAUCCGUCAAAGACACAUCCGGGUACGCAAACAGGUGGUCAAUAUUCCAUCAUUUGUUGUUAGACUCGAUUCCCAAAAACACAUCGACUUCUCUUUGAAGUCGCCAUUCGGAGGAGGUCGAGCUGGACGAGUCAAGAGGAAAAACUCGAAGAAAGGACAAGGAGGUGGAGCGGCUGAAGAAGAGGACGAGGAUUAAGCCAUUAGUUCUCCCUUCUUUUGAUACCACUACAUUGUAUUCCUCAAAUUAAGAAACUGGGUGAAUAAAUGGCAUAACUGUUGAAAUUUAGUA